AUGAAAAAAGAUAAAAUAAAGGAGAAAUACAUAAAGCUUUUGUUCAAUGAAGUAGAAAAUGAAAAAUUAGAAGAAUAUUUUGAAAAUUACGAAUAUAACUUUGCUUCAAUAAAUUAUGACAUAUAUGUUUUUAAUAAAAAAUUUUAUAAAUUAAAAAACUUUAAUGAAAAUCUUAAGAAAGAGCUAUUACUAUAUUUAUUUAGGUUUAAUUUUUAUGUCCCUAGGAUAAUUAGACGAAUUAUAUUCAAAAGACUAUUAAUACACGAUGAAAGUAAAGACAUAGCGAAUUUUAAUUACAAAGUGUACCUUUUGUUAUCUUUUUUGAAAAACCCAAACAUAAAUGAGGCAACUCAAAAAACAGUUGAUUUAGACGUAUUCAGGACAAGAAUUGAUAAAAAAAAUGAAAAAACAAUUUAUUUUUUUAAUAUUUUUUUAAACUAUGCUUGUAGUCAUUUCCAAUUUAAAUAUAAGCAGGGGCUAAACGAAGUUUUAGCCUUGUUUUUUAAUCUGAAGGGAAAAUGCUUUAAUAUGAUUGAUGUUUAUUUUUGUUUCCAAAAUUUUGUGCAAAGGUUUUUGAAGGAGUUUUACUACGAUGAUGAGUUUUUUUUUCUUCAAAUAUCUUUUUAUUUGUUUAAAAUAUUAAUUAAAUAUCACGAUCCUGCAUUGUCAGAAGUUCUUGAGAAUAAUAAAAUGAACCCAGAAAUAUAUGCAGCAUCAUGGUUUCUUACUUUGUUUGCAUCUAAGAGUGAUCUUGAGAUUUUGAAUUCAAUAUAUUUGAUAUUUCUUCUCGAGCGCAAUCCAUUUUUUUUCUUUUUCUUUUCUUUGGCGUUAUUGAUUUUACAUCGAAAUGUAUUUAUGUGCGUCGAUAGUUCAAAUUUGCCAGAGUUGCUGAGCAAGAUAAACAUUUUUGAUAGGAUUUUUUUGAAAAAAGUAUGGUCAUUGGGAAAAUACUUGGAAAAAAACACUCCUGUAUCCUUUACCCAUAAACUGUUUUUUAUAAAAAACAUUUUAAUCUACCUGACAAAUGAGAAUUCUGCAGAAAGUGAUAAUAAAAAAAAUCUUUUGUUAAAUUUUUUUAAAUCAAUUGACUAUAUGUCUAUUAAUUCAUAUGAAAUAAUUAAAAACAUAUCUUUAGGAAACAAUAAUUACAUAUUCCUUGAUAUAAGGCCAGAUAAGCAUUUUAAAAAUUUCCAUUUAAAAAAUUCAAUAAGCAUAGAUUUUGAGAAUAACUAUGAGGAUAUUAUAAAAAGAAGUAUGAAGAUAAAAAAAACUAAAAAAAAGGAAAAUAAAAUACAGAAGAAUAUUUUGUAUAUAUGCUAUAUUUUAAAAAAAUAUGAUAACCACGAAAUUGGAUAUAAUUAUUUAUUACUACUUUCAUUUUUAUUAUUCUCAAAAUAUAAUAAAAAGAUAAACAUAAGUUAUGAUGAUAAUAUUAUACUAAAAAAAAUAAACAACCAAGUACCUUCAUCAAGUAAUGAUCUCACAUUUGAUACUUUAAAAUGGGAGAAUAAAAUGAUAAGAAAUAAAAAACAACGGAAUAAUAAAAUGACAAAAAAAACGGAUGAAAUAAAAUUAGGAGGAAUGAAAAAAAAAGACAAUAGGAAUAAUAGUAAGAAGAAAAAUGCUGAAAUUGAUAAUAUGCUACAUUUGGAAGAAAAUAAAGUUGUAGAUCUUAAUUUAUUUUUUUUCAAUUUAUAUAAAAAUAAAAAAUCGUAUUCAAGACAAAAUAAAAUGAUAAAUAUUGAUAAUGAAAGUAGAAAAAAACGAAUUAAUAAAAAUGAUUCCGUAAAAAAUAUAUUAGGGCUUUUGAAAUAUAUAAAUAUAAUAAAUUAUAUACGUGAAAAAAAAGUGAAAGAUUUAAAAAGUUACUACUCAGAUGAUGAUGCAAUAGUUGACAAAUUUUCUUUAACAUGUUAUCAUAUUAAAAAACGGUUGAAUGAAAAAAUAGAAAAAGAAAAUAAAAAAAAAGGAAUAAAAAUGUUACCAGCCAUAAAAAAAGAGAAAAAUACACACACCGAUUCAUUAAUUAAUAAUUUUAGCAUAGAUGAAAAUAAUAACGAUAGUGAAAUAAGUAAACAUAAAAAAUGUUUUACAAACAAAGAUAAAGAGCAUAUGAAUGAUAAAAAAAAUGGUGAUACAAAUUAUAGAAGUAAUAGCAGUUCCAGUAGUUCCACAUCUUCGAAAUCAAACAAUAAACAAAGGAAGAGUAGUGAAAUGACUGACCCAAAAUUAAAUAUAAGCUCAUUUAGUUUGUAUGUAUUAAUAAAAGAAAAGGUUUUAAAAUAUGAAGAAGUAUUAAAGGUAUCAUUUGAAAAUAUAUUAAGUUCAGAUAAGGAAGUAUUAAUACUAUAUGAUGAUGAUAUAAAUAAUUCUAAAUAUGUAAGAAUAUUAUAUUAUUAUUUAUUAUAUACAUAUAAAAUAAGAAAAGUAUCAAUAAUUGAAGGUGGUAUAAAUUCUUAUCAUACUUUAAUUGAAAAUGAUAGUUUUUUUAAACAAAUAGAAAAAAAUACUAUAAAUGGAAGAGUUGUAGAAGAUGCUAUUGAAAAUAAUAAUUAUGAAGAUCAUUUAAAUUUUUAUUUACAUUAUUAUAAUUUUUUAAAAGAUGAGAAUGUAUUACAAUAUUGUUUUCAUCAAUCUAAUGUUUGCUAUUUGUGUAACUAUCCGAUUUUACAAAAAAAAUUUAUAGAUGAUUUUUUUUCUGAAAUAUAUAAUGAUUAUCCUAUAUUUGAAGAGGUGUAUUAUUUUCUUACUUAUGAAAAUAUUUGUAUAAAUUUGUUAUCAUUUUAUGAUUUAAUAAUGAGAAAAAAGAAAACAGAAAAAAACAAGUAUGAUAAAAAAAAUAAUUCAGAUGGCGCAUUAUCUCAUUUUUCAAAAAUAUUUAAUUAUAUAAAAAAAAAAAAGGAGCCGAGUUCAUUGUCUAUACCUUCAUCAACCUGGACAAAAGAUGGUGUAUCCUAUAAUGACAGAUAUAAUGUAGGUGUUGAAAAAGAUAAUGGAUCAUUUUUUCCAAACAAAAAAAAUUACUUUAGUUUAAAUUAUUAUUUAGACUAUUAUUAUAAAAAAGGGAAAACCGAUUUCCCAUUUGAUCCAGCAAAUCAACAUAAUGGGUGUGAAACUGAAAUGAGUAAAAAUGGGGAUAUGAACAAUCCGGGUAUGUAUUAUAAUUUACGUGAAAAAAUGAAUGAAAAAAUGAAUGAAAAAAUGAAUGAAAAAUAUUUAUAUGACCAUGAAGAAGAUCAGAAAAAAAGUGACGAGAAAAUUCAUUCAUCUAAUAUAUAUACAUAUCGAAAUAGUAGAAAUUUCGAAAUGGGUAAUAAAUAUAUGGAACGAAAUGAAAUUUUAAAUAAAAAUGGGAAUGAACAGAUAUAUGAAGAGAAGAGAAAAAGUUCUUCACUUGAUGAAAAUUCAAUAAAUGAAAAAAUGAAUAAUUUAUCAAUGUUUACAAACAAUAUUGAUAAAAAAAAUGUCACAGAUUUUGAUAUAUAUAACAUAUAUUCAUAUAUCGAUAUAGUUUGUUAUAGUAGUUUAUUAGAAAAAUGUAGUGAUGAUUAUAAAGAUGAAAAUAUAUAUAAUGAGAAAAAUUUGGAAAAAAAAAAUGGGUGUAAAAUUUUCAACUGUUUCAUAAGUUAUGUAUAUCAACCAAUAAUACCUCAUAAUAUACGAUCAAAUAAUAUUAUAAACAAUUUUGUUGAAUAUGUUAAAUAUUAUAAAAGUAGUAUAUCUAAUAUUAAUAAUAAUAACAUAACUACUGACCCGAAUUUAUAUUUAAAUUGUAACAAGCUUGAUUCAAAAUUAUUUUUAAACAUUCCUUAUUUGCCUUAUAACAAUUAUAGGAAACCCAAAUAUGAAUAUCAUAAAGAUAAGACAAAACAAUCUAUUGAAAAAGAAGAUACAUCAUCUAAAAGGAGCAGCAAUAGUACUGUUGUGGAUGAUGGUAGUAAAAAUAACUUAGGAAAAAAUGAAGGAACCAAUAUUAAUGAUUCAGAUUUACAAAAUUCAAAAGCAUAUAAUGACUUAUUAAAUAAUUCUAUAUUAAAUAAUACAUGGAUAAAAAACAAACCCGAUUUAUCAUCAUGUAAACUUAUGAUAUAUGAUAAUUUGUUAAUACUUUAUGGAACCCCAUAUAUAUGUGAUACAGAUAUUAUAGUGAGAAAUUUGAAUGAGGUUUCCGCUGCUGAAUCGGAUAUAAAUGAUAAGAAGAAGGAUAAUUUAUGUGCUGAAGAAAGUUAUACAAACAAUUUGAUGAAAAACAAAAAUGGAAAAGAUAAAAUAAAUGAUGCAAAAGAAAGUGUGCACACCAAUUUAGAUAUAGGGACUAGAAACUUUUUGAAAGAAAGUGAAAAAUACCGAAAUAAAAAAGGAGAUAAAAGUAUACAUUUAAAUAGUUGUGAUGAUAAAUUUGAGAAAAUAAUAAUACAUAAAUAUAAGGAUGUGAAAAAAAAAGAUGUUUUAUUUAAUAUUGAUUGUUAUAAAAUAAAUAGUAUAGAUAUAAAUUGGUCAAAUAUAUCAAAUAAUAUAUUUCAUAGUAUAACAAAUGAACAUAUAUCUGAUAUAUAUGAUUAUUAUCAAUCUUAUUUUAAUCUAUCAAAAAGUAAUAUAUCAAGUAAAGAAAUAAUUUAUUCUUCAAGUUCUUUGUCUAGUAGUAAUUUGAUAUCUCAUAUACCUGAUGAGCAUGAUUAUUCUUUUUCCGAUUAUCAUAAUUUAUAUAGUAAAAAUUUGAAAGAAAAGAAUAACAUAAAUAAAACUGAAGUAUUUCAUUACAAAAAUGUAAAAAUCGAUGCAGUUAAUAUUUAUGCUAUAUUUGAUAUACGUUCUAUUUACAAAAUUACGACUAAACGUAUGUUGGGUAAAACUCUCUAUUUCUAUUUCAAGAUCAACGAGAGCACCCCAUUGAUGGCCUUAAAUUUUGAAAAUGACGCGGAGAUGCAAUCGUGUGUUUGCUCAGUUAAGGAGGUCCACACAAUGCUUUCCAAAGAAAAAAAAAUAAACUAA